UCAAAUAGUCGGGUGGGAAACAGAUGGUACAAUAGAAUAUUAUAUAUCAAACAGUGUGUCAGGUAUCUUCAAAAAAAAUAAUUAAAUACAAAAAAUUUCCACUAAAUUUGAAUUUUCAUCGUUUUUCAACAUAAAAAAAUUUCCCAUGCAAAAAAUUAAGUGAAUAAAUUGGGGAGAAAUUAAAAUUCAUAGAAAUUGAAUCCGAUUUUUUUUAUUGAAACCAGAAAAACGGCACCAAUUUCGGCUGAGUAAGCAGUGUGUACUGAAAAUGGGAAAGAUUUUCGAUUUUCAAAACAAAAGCAACUAGUUGAUAGCGUAUAUACACUCAACUCAUCGACGUUGUAUAAACUUUAUUGUAUCCAAGAAGUGAUAUUGUCGACUAUAUUACCACCACAAUGUAUACGCUAUGUGUCUGCAGCGAAGUGUAACUUUUUGGAUAUUUCCGUUGAUUUAUUCACUCGAUAAUUUAGGUAAUGUUGAGAAUUAGUCAUUUACACCGCAGAUAAUUACGGAAAAGUGAAUUCGAUGUUGAACGGUUAACUGGAACGAUUAGAUAAAAAUGUUUAUCAAUUAAACUGAAAACUGAACAGCGGGUUGAGCUUAAUGCAAAUUAAGUGAAAUUGGCAGUUGGAAAAUGGUAUUUGGCCGAACAGUUUUUUUUUAUAUAAUAUUAUAUGUUCGCACCAAAAAAGUAAUUAAUUAAAAACAAAAUUUCGAACAAUGAAUGGAGACCGAAUUUAAUCGAACUGAUUGAUUGAAAAUAGCGUUGCUGGUAUUUUUUUUUGGGAAAUUGAACGAUUUUUUGUUUGAGUACAAAGCGAUAAGAAUUUAACAUUUUCCGAUAAUCUGUAGUGAUCCAUAAAAAAUGUGAUAAAAGUAACAGUGAAAUUGAAAGUGUGGUCUAGAAAAAAUGGAAAGACGAUUCGCUUGCAGUCUUCACAUCAAUAUUCAUUUGUUCCGUUAGACUGCCACUCAGCAUUAAGUCCCCAAUUUUUCCAAUAACCCAACUCACUGUGUAAGUGUUGAUCAAAGCUGCGGUUCGCGCCCAGGAUUUACGGCCUCAGAUAUGUACCAUGAGCAUGACAAAACUCCGACAUUACAGGACAAUGACAGCCAUAUGUUUCGUCUGCAACUUACCCAUUAUGUCCCAUCAAGUGGGACUAGUGUGGCAAGGUGGCAAUGGCUGGGACGAAAUGGUACGAGAGCAGCUGGAAGAGUCAACGAUACGUCAAAGACUUGGAGGUCGACGCGAUUCGGCUGCUCAAAUUUCAGCCAAUUCCCCUCCAAGUACAUCUCCUCCUUCAGGCGCACAACGUCGUCGUCGCAGUUCUUUAGCUCAAUUGACCGAUAUUUUGCGUGAGUGGAGCGGCGGUUCGAAGCGUAAUCAAAAGCCACCGCUCAAUCGACGUGAAACGCUUGCCGAUCUGGCCCGUAGUCUUCCUUGGGGUCGAACCACAGCCGAUAAUUCGCAAUAUAACAACAAUACGACCAUACAGGCAUCAUCGCAUGCCCCGCCAUUGAGAAAGCGUCGCGAAUCGAGUGCCGAUUCGGGUAUCAAAAGUAUGAGAUCGCGACGUGAAUCGCAUCAAUCGGAUUUUCAACGGGCCUGGCCUCGUAAAGAGAGUCCGAAUGAAAAAGACAAAGAGAACACCAACACUGACACAUCGACCGAUUGUACACGCAAUGGAUCGCGUCGCGGAUCGGGUGAAAGUUAUCGCAGUGGACGACGGGAUUCAACAAUUGGUCAGUCGAAUACUACUCCACCGCCGAAAGUUGUUGGGAGUACGAAAAAGCGCCGAGACUCUUUAGUCGUAGCAGAGCUACCAAAUUUUCGUCAAGAGCAACGUCCGUCGACCAGCUCAACCGAUUCGGGACCACAAUUAUUUCCGGUUUGUCAUGUCGUUGAUACGGGUUGUCAGGCUCUUCCACCGCCAACAAUCGUAAUGAGUUCAGUGACACCUCCUGCUACCAGUCCCACAGCACCACCAAAAGGUAGAAGAGACUCGACCACACAGUGUGGACGAGUACAGCGUCGUGAUUCCAGGGCAAGUCCUGAGCGUUCAGGUUUGAAACGGCUCCAAAGACAGGCAACGGCUUACGAUGAAUCUUGUCUUCCAUUAGGAGUAGGAGUAGGAGGUAGUAGACGUGGAUCACAGCCUGCGUUAAGCCCAGACGUUGAUGAUAUGGAAGGACGCGCAAGACGGGACAGUUUGAGUCCAGAUAGUGCAUCAAGGGGACGACGCGAUUCACGUGCUCAUUUAUCACCAGAUAGAAGUCGUGAACGUGAAGGAAGCCCACGUAGACGAACACGCUUGCGAAGACAAUCGUCAUCGGCUGGACGUACACCAAGGUCCCCCGAUUCGAGUAGUUGUUGCUCAUCAAGAGAUCAAAGUCCGUCUGCAAGACCACCACCACUCCCAGAAUCACGUCCUGCUAUCAGAAGACAAUCAACCACUGAAGAAAUUCUAAUUUCAAGAGGAUUUCGUCGCCAAUCAACAACAGAAGAAAUGAUUCGAUGUCGAAACUUUCGACGGCAAAGCUCGCAGAGCGAUGACACAUCAAGAUACCGAGGACGACGAGAUUCUUGUGCUCAAAUCACAGAUGGCACUUUCAAUACGAUGACAGUGGAAACGACAAGCACAUUUUUCGAUUCAAGCACACAGACCGAACCAUCGCCGCUGUAUGAUAAUAACCAUUAUCACGAGGAAUGUUUGAGGUGCAACUCAUGCGGUUUAAAUCUAACCGGUCCGAAUCAGAAAAGAGCCAGACGUUUCAAGAAUCAAAUUCUAUGCGACCUACAUUUCGCUGACGUUGCCCUCAUGGAGUGUUCUGAUUUCAUGCAGCAGCUAAGAAGUUUUAAGCCGCAGUCGUUAGGAUGUGCUGUUGCUCGCAGAAAAAGUUCGACAACUUUGAUUUUUCCACUGCCACCGCAAGCAUGUUCAGACGAAUUCUGCGAAGAAUAUCCACACAAUCUAAUUCCAACGCCUGGCUACUGGAUCGAAUGUUCUCGCCAAAAGAUCAAUAUGCCCAAUCAGUUGUCACUGUGGGACGAAAGUGAUUCGGACCACGAAGACAACGACAAAUAUGGGGCACGUGGUGGCGCUGGCAUGAUCGGUUCGGGCAAUUCGGAAGCGCAUCUGGAACGCGGUUGUAGUGACUUAUAUGAAGACGACGAAGAUUCGGAGGCAGCGCCAAGUUCUAGGAAAAAGAGCGCCAUUGAAGAGCAAUGGGAACAGCAGAAUGGUUUCGAACUGACGUCGGUGGAGCAGGAGACGUACGAAAAAUAUUUCUAUGGGACGGAGCAUUGGAAUUAUUUUACAAAUGACGAAGAUCUAGGUCCUGUAAUAUUGUCAAUAAAACAGGAAACACUCAACGGUAGAGAUCAAUUUCGUAUAUUAGUUAGGGCUAUAUCAUAUACCGUUCAUGGACUGAUACCGGCUUCAUGCGUUUUUGCUGAUAGAUACAAUAGAGAAGAAGUAGUUAGGUCAUUAGGUAAGGAAGUAAAUUUAAAUCCACCAUUAACAUUAGGACAAUUACCUGAUACACCCGAGGAACUGCUAAAAUUAGAUCAAGUUUUUAUAAAAAGCGAGUUGAAAGUUGGUGUAAUUUAUGUCAAAGAAAAUCAAUUUACCGAAGAGCAAAUUCUAGACAAUAACGACAAUUCACCUCUGUUCGACGAGUUCCUUCAGCUAUUAGGAGAUAAAUGUAGAUUACGCGGUUUCGAUAAAUACAAAGGAGGCCUUGAUACGGUUCAUGAUUUAACAGGACUGUAUUCCGUAUACACAAAUUGGCGCGGUAUUGAGAUCAUGUUCCACGUAUCAACACUAUUGCCAUACGAGAAACAUGAUCCACAAAAGCUUCAACGCAAGCGACACAUCGGCAAUGAUAUCGUUUGCGUUGUGUUCCUUGAAGCCGACAACACACCAUUCAGUCCAGCUUGUAUAAAAAGCCAUUUUUUACACACUUUUAUAUUGGUAAGGCCUCUACCUUCGGCGAACGAUGUAAAAUUGACUUUUGACAUGCAACAGGUUCGUGUAUCAGCUAGAAUUAAGCGUAAACCGACGCGCUACGAGGUAUCGGUGGUGACUAGAGAUGAAGUCGGUGCUUACAAGCCUUAUUUAUGGGAACAGUCUGUUUUUGAAAAGGGACCCAUGUUUAGGGAGUGGGUCUUAACGAAAGUGGUAAACGGAGAACGAGCUAGCUACUCGGCACCAAAGUUUGCCCGCAUGCAAGAACGAACUCGAUCGCAGAUGCUGGAAGACAUCGUGGCAAAUCUGGCUAAUCAUGCGGAAACUGGACAAAUCCCUAAACCAUACCGAAGGGGUUCAUGGAGACCCAUCGGUGAGGAUCCAUGCAUGUUACGAGUGACAGUUAGUUGCUGUAUGCGACUAUAUGUGCCGCAUAGACACAUGAGGCCUUCCUCUCCGUUGUUGGAUUCGGUUCGAGAUCAAUUUGAGGACUACGAUCAACUAGCCAAGGACUUUACUCGCGUAUUUCUAAACAUGGAACCAUCGUGUCUUCAAAAUGCACAACUUUUUGAUGUCGUUUUUAUGGUCGGCCAAUCGAAACAGAAAGCUAGAUUUAUCGGUGUCCGUGCCAUAUUAGGCGUAAGAUCUCGCGUGUUUCAGGAAAUGCUUUAUGGCAUACAAACUGGUUUUGGAUCUCCGCAAGUUCCUGUUGCCGAACUGUUAGCCCGACCAGCACCGACACUCAUGUCGCCACAGAGCGGUGGCACUCAACGUUUGAAAAGUUCAAAUUUUUUACAAGUACCCGAUAUCGAAUCGCCACGACCGAAAAGUGUUCCUUCGUCGCCAAUGGUAAAACGAGCGUUUUCCCGUCUUGGUACCAUCACCGCUGGAUGGGGACGAUCGAUACGUAGCCGACAAAAUUCGACGUUACAGGCUGACGAUAAGAAGAAAUGGGCAUCGUCGCAGGACUGUUCUAAUAAAGAAGGCAAGGAUCGAGAUAAGGAAAAACAACAGUCCGGUCAAUUAGCUGUACCUAGACUGUCAGUGUGCGCCGAUGCACAAAAAGUUGACCGAGCGAAAUUAGCUCAAACCGAAUUUAGUAUAAUCGAAUUUGAUCCGGAUACGUUUCGCGUUCUAUUGGACUAUUUGCAUACCGGAAGCUGUCCUCUGACCUGUGUUUCAAUUCCAGGUCUAAUCUGUGCCGCUGAACAUUACGAUCUCCCCGAAUUGUUGCAAGCCUGCUUCCAUCACGCUAAACAAUUUUUACGCAUCGAUGUCGUCUGCUCGAUGCUAAUAUCAUUGGAAAAUUACUACUGGCGCUACACAUCCGCCUCGGAGCUCGUAAACAUGAUACUCGCGUUCACGGAAAGUAAAGCGCCCGCCCUGUUUCAGCUGCAAGACUUUCUAAAUCUCAGCGAAAGCAUGGUCCAGAUGAUUAUGUGCCGCAAUUUGGAGAUACCCGAAAUUCGGAAAUUCGAAGCAAUGUUGGCGUGGGGCCGAAACAAGGUCAAACAGAAAUUGUCGGCCAAAGUGGACGCACGGUUGGAAUUCCGUUGCAUUAUGGAUCGAUUGACGCGCGACCUAAAAUUGCAUCGAAUCACACCGAACGAACUGAUCAAAAUUGUGCUGCCAUCGAAGGCGAUCAAAAACGAACGAAUUUUGGAGACGCUUAUGUAUCAGGCAAAUAGUGGCAUCUUUCGCAUUCAGGACAGUUAUCUGCAGGCGUGCCAACAGCGACUGUCCAAACAGGAUUCGAGGUGCAGCGAAUGGGGCGAAAGUUUUGAUUACGGACUAUAAGGGUAAACCGUUAAUUUUUUUUGAUUUUAAAGAAAAAAAUAAAUAAAUUUAAAGUUAAGGUGAGAGGGUGUAUCGGUAGUGGGAGGGAAUAUUUUUUACCGAAAUGUCGAUAGUGAAAUUAAACAACAAAAUGUUAGAGAGUAAAAGUGAUUGUUAAGAAAUAGAAAUUGCGGGGGGUGUGAAGGAAGAACAGGGAAGACGAUGUAGACAAGAGGGGAAUGAAACCACACAAUAAGAAUUAUUUGAAUAAAAAGAUGAAUCAACUGUUAGAUAGAUAAUGUUUAUAAAUGUUUCAUAUUAUACUUGUAAAAGCGAGAAUUUAAAAGAGAAUUUUAAUGAAAAAAAAUGUUUCUACAAAAAUGGAAAAGAAAAUUAAUAAAAUAAAAAACAAAUCUUCAAAGUGGCUGUUAACAAUCUCACAUAAACAAAAUUAUAGUGCAUUUUAGACGGUGUUUUAUCAUUUUUUAAGUAAAACAACAACUCGUUUGAUGAUAAACAUUAUUACGGAGGUACGCAAUUUUAAAAAACUUUGUAGCAAAAUCGACGAUGUUUUAACGAACAAUUUUAAUAAUUUUUUUUUCAUCGUUUAACUCUUCGCGUUUUUAAUUUUUUUUUUAAAUUAAAUUCAAGAAAAAGACCUGGAACGUUUAAGAAAAAAUUUGUCAAUUUCUCAAACAAAUCAAUUCACACACCAAAAUACUGUUCAUGUAUGAACCAAGGUAGUUAUAGUGGGGAGGUAAUGCCAAAUUCCAUUCAGACGUCGCACAUAUGUAAAUGACACCUUUCGAAUUUUCGUGCUGAUACGUACCGGAUUCGAUUGUAUGUCACUACCUUCCCACUAUAUCUACCUUGGUAUGACCGAUGUACUGAUGAUUAAUCUUUCUACAUAUAGACGUCACAAUUAAGCGUAACUGGACCGAUUAAAAGACCGAACUUUAAACAGGACUUCGAAAUCGGGACUAUCUUUGCCCAAUAGCGACAGAGUCCCAUCUCAUUUAAGCUAUCUGUUGUGUUUUUGCUUGUGAGCCAACGGCCUGUUAUACUGGUUUCAGUUGGUUGUUAUCUGGGGCGUAAGGGCGCACUGCUCUUUCGAUUGAGCUACGUGGCCAUUUCACUUAAAUUCACGUGUAAUAGUAGUAAAUGUAAAGCGAGUCGCUUCUUUUGAGUGACGAUAAAAUCGGGACAAUCGAAAGAACUAAGUAAGAUGCUUGCGGUGUGUCACGGUUAAUCAUUGUUUCUGUUAUUUUCGUGGUUGAAACUAUUUUUUGGUGUUGGAUCAUACAGUAUUGCCUACGUUUAGAAGAACACAUCAGUUAGUCAUUGUCGUUAUAACACUGGAGCUUCAAUGAUCUACUUCAAUUGUAUAAUUGUAAUUGUAAUCGAUCAAUGACUCCACAGGAUGUAGCGCCCAAACUAAUAAUUCGUAAGACAUUUGUCCACUGUUUCGAUCUGAGAGUGUCUAUCGUUGUUGAGCACUAAUAUGCAGUUCUGCCAAGUUCUGCCGUACAACGCAUAAAAACCAUAUAUGUGAUGAGUGAUAUAUCUCACCUGCAUAUGUGAUAAAAGCUUAGUGCAAAAUAGAGACAAGAUUUUGAGGGAGACAACAUUUGAAAUUCUCUCACAAAAUCCUCCAACUCUUUUGGACGAAGUUUUUUAUGCGUUGUGGGACAGAGCUCUAAGAACACUAUCCCAUUUGAUCUACGAAUAAUUCUAGCGAAUCGUAUUUAAAAAUGGCAUUUCAGUUUAUUACUUAUUCGUGUGACAGUGUAAGCUACCACACAAAGCUAAACAACGUUCGUUAGUUACAGCUCAGUUCACAUACGUUAUGUGCAAAGCUUAGCGAUGCAAUUUUAAAUGGUUGAGAAAAUUGGUGAAUUUGUUCUUUAAAAAUGCACGGGCGUACAAUUAUCUGUCAAAAAAAAACGAUGAUUUUUAAAUAUAAAGUAAAGGUUAAAAAAAAUGAAAACUUUAAAAGAAAAUCUAUAAUUCCUGUGUGCUGUUUCAAAACAAAAAAAAGAUAAAUAAAAAUGUGAAGCAAAUAAUUAAUAAUGAACAAACAAGAAUGUAACUAAAAUACCAAACAAAGAAAGGAAUAAAAAUAUUUUAAACAAAGAAAAUUAUCUGAUGAAAAUACAUGUUGUGUUGAAAGAAAAACUUAAAAAAAAUUAUUUAUUUGUUGCUGAUGUUGUAAAGAAAGUCAAAUAAACCAAAAAAAAAAUAUAAU